AUGAAGGUUACCUUCAAGGAACUUUCCAACCAGAAGUUUACGCUCGAUGUCGAGCCUUCUGACCUUGUUUCUACUUUGAAGCAACGAGUUGCUCAAGAGAAGGGCUGGGAUGCCAAGGCUCUAAAGCUUAUCUAUUCCGGUAAAAUCCUCAAGGAUGAGGAUACAGUUGCAGCCCACAAGAUCGAAGAGAAGGGCUAUGUUGUCUGCAUGGUGAGCAAGCCCAAGGCUAGCAGCUCUUCUGCCGCUGCCUCAUCAUCGAGCGCGCCCCCUGCGACUCCCGCACGACCCGUCGCUGCAACUCCCGCUGCCCCGGCCGCUCCAUCUCAAUCAUCUGCCGCUCCGGCCGCUAUUCCCGCCACGCCAUCUCCUGCGCCUGCUGGUGCUGCCAUCGGUAGUGAUACUUCUAUGGCCAUGGGCGAGGCCCGAGCUGGAAUCAUUGCGAAUAUGGAGGCCAUGGGAUUCGAGAGAUCUCAGAUCGAGGCUGCCAUGCGCGCCGCCUUUUACAACCCAGACCGUGCCGUUGAGUAUCUUUUGAACGGUAUUCCUGAAAACGCUCGUCAGGCGGAGCCGCAGAGAGAGGCGCCUGCCCAAUCUGCCACAGGCGCUGCCGCUACCGGUGGUGCAGCCGCCCGAACAGCCGAACCUGAGGCCGAGGGAGGUAACGUUAACCUUUUUGAUCUAGCUGCACAACAGGGACGAGGUGGCAGUCGCGGAGCCGGCGGACCUACCGCGCCAACUGGCAGUAGUGCCCAAGCAGCUGCUGUCGCAGCCGCCGCCGCUGCUGGUGGCCAAAACCUGGGGAACUUGGAUUGGCUGCGCAACAAUGCCCAGUUCCAGCAGCUUAGACAGGUUGUUCAACAACAGCCACAGAUGCUCGAGCCCAUCCUACAACAACUCGGUGCUGGCAACCCCCAGCUUGCGCAGCUGAUAUCUCAGAACCCUGAACAGUUCUUGAACUUGUUGGGCGAAGCCGGGGAUGACGAUGCACCUCUUCCCCCUGGUGCUCAGACUAUCGCCGUAACCGAGGAAGAACGAGAUGCUAUUGAACGAUUGUGCCGGCUGGGCUUCGACCGAGAUGCAGCCAUUCAAGCAUAUUUCGCAUGCGACAAGAAUGAGGAAUUGGCCGCCAACUUUUUGUUCGAUCAACCAGAUGAUGAUGAGCCCCCUCAGAACUGAUCCACAUGACCCGAAUGCUUGAUUAUCUUCACAAGUCUAUACACUCACAGCCCAGAUAAGCUGAUCUCUCUAUGAUAUCUCGAUGUGUCGCUUUAUCACACUUUGCAUUAACAAAACCCCUCUGAUAAUGGCUAUUUGUAACACCCGAUAAUGAUUCGAACUCAUUAGGGAUGAGAAUCGGAAGGCUUUGAGCUGGGUUGGGUGGUUUCCCUUCCUCUCUGCAUCACAUACAAGGGUUGUCUUUUACGCCAUCUGGAAUACGCAUAGUCCUAGGCGUGAGGAAGGUAGGAGAACGAGGUCAGAUGAACCAAGUCCAUAGCUUAGUUCAUAAUUGCACACAAUGAUUUCACCGCGGUUUGCGGAAGAAGCUUUUAUCAUGAACUUUCCUCUCUAAUAAUGACUAUAGCCAUGCCAUGUU